AUGGGGUUCUCACAACUUUGGAAACUUUUCCACCGAGAGCCCAAGUUUCAUUCACUCAAAACGGAGGCUGAGUAUGAAGAAGAGGGUGACAUUGAGUCCGAAGAGCUUCUUAGAAAGAGGAGCCUUGCACAAAAGCCGGCUCAUUCAACCGCCUGGAUCUUCUUGACGAUUGCAAACAUGGUCAUAAUGAGCAUUACCAUCGCUGUGGUGUUCAGUGGUAAGAGAGUUUUCGAGAAGAAUGCUAGUCUCAGACCAGUGUCAUGGUGGUCACCCAUCCUCGAUGAUAUACAGAUUCCACAAUAUGAAACAAUGCUGAACGGAACACUUUUCCCUUUGCAAGAGGUAUCAAUUGCCCGUGAGGAACCCAGUGCCGCGAACGACCAAGCUUGGCAUCAAUAUGAGAAGGUCUUGACCCAUGUCGUCACCCGCGAUCAGAUCAUAAAGCUAGGCAAAGAUCCCGAGACAGUCGCUCGCUUUGAUGAUGAAUACUGGGGCAUGGGAGAUGAUGCCUACAUGGUCCAGCUCGAUGUGAUGCAUCAAAUCCAUUGCCUGAACAUGCUCCGCAAAGCCGCUUUUGAAGACUAUCCGGGCUAUGAACCAGACUUGGACGCCAAAGACAAGAUGUGGUGGAUUCAUCUUGGCCAUUGCACCGAUAUAUUACUCCAGAACCUCCAAUGCAAUGCAAAUACGGAGGUCUUAACCCUGGAUUGGGUGGAAGAUCGCCAGGCACCUUGGCCAGACUUCAGUGUGAACCGAAAAUGUCGCGACUUUGAUGCGCUAGUUGACUGGCAACACAACAAUGCUGUUGACGCCGACAAGUUCGAUGCAAUGUCGGCCCCUAAAAAUGCUUUCGUGUGGCCGGCUCCAUGGAAGAAGCAGGACUACGAACUUGGUAUCAAGUUGGGCGACCAUCAUCUGCAGGAAGGGGAAGCUCUCAGUGAUCCCCACGAACAUCACACUCAUCCGGCCGCAGGACAUUAG